CUCACAUGCUGCAUGUUUCAUGAAUUCUGUAUACAAGUACAACUACAAGUAUCUCGAGAAAAAAAAGUACAACUACAAGCAUUUGUUUUUUGCGGGUAAACUACAAGCAGCUAAUUGAAUUGCUUACCAUCUCCGUCUGGAAAGUAAAAUACGAGUCCAAUCCAAUACGUGUACACAUCGAAGAGGAAGUCUAUAUACAGACGAACACCUUUGCCCCGUCGGUUAUCUACCGAUCCAAUCUUACGCCAAGCCCUCAACUGAUAUAUUCAACGUACGGGUCAAUUCCUCCUCCAUCAACCCAUCGGCCGUUCUGCACAGGAACAACGCCACCGCGUGCCAUGGCGCCACCGCUGUCACCCAAACGCCGCUGUUGUCCGGACGCCACGGUAUCGUUGCCAGACGAGCUCAUCUUCAACAUCCUCUCCUGGGCGCCCUUGAAUUCCGUGUGUCGGUUUCGGUGUGUGUGCAGGGUGUGGCGUGCCGUCCUCUCCGACCCAGCCUUCAUCGCCACGCAUAGAUCUCGCCACGCGGAGCCGCUCCUUGUCGUCAGAUCCUCCCAGGAAAACCCCGGGAGAGGCUACGACCUGCGGCUGAUGGACAUGGACGGCAAUGUUGUCAGGGAGAUGAAAGGCAUAGGCGGCAUGGGGUCGCUCUCCACGAGCGCCGACGACCACGUCUGCAUCACCGACUAUCUCUCCGGUAGAGCCCAUGUGAUCGACCUCGCCAAAGGGGAGGUGGUGGUGGACUGCCCGAAACCAAAAUCGCAAUUGCACCACGUCUUUGGUUUUGGCCGUGCUGAACCAUCUGGCAAGUACAAGGUGGUCCGCCUCUUGUUGGGUUGGUCGUUCGACUACGAGGUCCUGACGGUAGGAGACGGUGCCAGAUGGAGGCGGGUGCGGCCACCUCCCGCCGGUAUCUCUGAUGGACGGAGUUCCCCUGUUGCCGUCGAUGGCACCAUGUACUUCUUGAGCUCGGAUAGUCCAAGUGACGACGCAUUACUUCGCCUUGACCUCGAGAGUGAACAAUGGACGAAACCGCUGAAAGGCCCAAUGAACACGAUGGUCCCCCUGAGGUGGAAGAUGAGUGGGAUAGUUCGGAUAACCGAACUCAAUGGCUGUUUUUGUGUGGUUCAUCUGGGGGCGCACAUGACUAUAUGGCUCAUGACCGAAUCAGAAAAUGAGAAGUGGGUCAAGGCGUACACGAUUCCGGUGGAUCCGUCCACCAAGUAUUGUAUGCCACUCAGGGUGACAUGUGAUGGCGGGAAGUUGAUCUUUUUCUCUUCGUGUUACGGACAAGGCUCUGAACUCCGAGUCUACGAUCCUAGCACCGAGACAUGCACAACGCGAUGGGCACUAGGCUGCCGUGGAGACACAGUUCGUCUUUGCAACCUGCAAUUGGGCCAUUUUGUCCGGCCCUAGUUUAAUCCGCUCUACUUUUAUUGUGCUUUUGUGUAUAACAAACAAAUGUUAUAUUC